AUGCCAUAUAAUGAAAUAGACAUACACACGCAACUAGCAAAAGCCAAUAUUAAUACAUCCAUAGGACGCAGUCUUCAAGAAUCCCCAAUCGCCAAUAAUGAAUUAAACCUAAUCAUGGAGGCACAAUUUCCAAAUCACAUUCAAAUCUUUACAGACGGUUCGAAAAUGGAAGACUCAUUCACCACAGGAGCCGCAUGUGUGUGCCCACAAUUAAACAGAACAAUCACCCUCAGUCUCAAUAUCAACACCUCUGUUUUCACAGCGGAAUGCGCAGCAAUAAGCACUGCCAUAGAGCUGGCCAACGAAAACAGAGAAAAAUCAUAUGCUAUCUGCUCUGACUCUAUCAGUGCCCUUCAGGCAAUAGAUAAAAGAAUGUUUGACCAUAACACGAACACCAAUAUCAUACAAAUAAAAAAAAUGAUAAAAGAAUUUGAAGAAAAAGCUCAUACAGAAAGCUCAUUAAACUUCAUAUGGAUACCGGCACAUCAGGGAAUAGUAGGGAAUGAGCUAGCUGACAUCAAGGCAAAAGAAGUAUCUAAAUCAACAAAGGAAAGCACCACAUUCAUACCUCCAUCCGAUCUCACAAAGAAAUUAAAAGAAAUAAUGUGGCAAAACGCAUACCAAACAUGGAUAAAUGAAGGUGCCCAGAAGGGCAAAACAUACUUCGAAAAAUUAUUUAAAAAAUCCAAGAAACCAUGGUUUUACAAUAGGAAGCUGCAAAGAUAUACCACCUCAUGGGUAUGCAGAUAUCGUAGUAACCACUACAAUCUCGCUGCCUCUCUAACAAGAACAGGAAUUACCAAAGACAGCAAAUGUGGCUGUGGCCACGAACUCCAAGACUUCAACCAUAUACUUUGGAAUUGUCCACUAUAUGCACCAAAAAGGAAGAAUGUGAUAGAGAAACUGCACAGGCGUGGAUAUACACCUCCCUUCAAGGCAGAGGAACUCUUACAGGAACUUAACCUAACAGCGAUUCGGAUAAUUACAGAGUUCCUAAAAGAAAAUAACUUGCAGAUUUAA